AUGUUCACCAAGGUAGGCGAAAUACACAAUUGAACAUCGAGAAACAGGUGUUCAUGUUGCACUAUGUAAUUCGCGUCCCGACUUUUCGGGUCGACGACAGUUCGGGUCAACAGAAAAUCGAUCGAUACCGGACGUACAAUUUGAAAAAAAUUUCCAUCGUAUAAGACGUCAUACCUAAUUUUUCUCAAUUUGAAAAAAUUUUUCAUCGUAUAAGAUGUCACACCUCAUUUUUUCAAUUUGAAAAAAAUUUCCAUCGUAUAACAUGUCACACCUUAUUCUUUUCAAUUUGAAAAAAUUUUUCAUCGUAUAAGACGUCACACCUAAUUUUUCUCAAUUUGAAAAAAUUUUUCAUCGUAUAAGAUGUCACACCUCAUUGUUUUAAUUUUCAAAAUGAGGGGUAGUGUUCAAAAAGGGGGAGGGUUCAUUCAAGGGUUAGAGUUGAAAAAGGGGUAGAGUUCUGCCGCAACGCCCUUAUCCAGAUAUUAUUGAUGUGAGUACAUGUAAAAUACUUCAAAAUAGGAGGUAAACUGUCCUAGACCAAUCUUGUUAUUCCUACUAACUAACCCUUCUCCCAGCCUCUCCCAUGAAUACAACGAGGAACCGACGCGUUCCGUAGUAUCGUUCACCCGAACUGUCACUGCCCCGAAAAGUCGUAGCGUCACGUAAUUUCUGUCUUUUGAAACCGUGCAAUGCCUUUUUUGGACGGUCUUUCCAUUUGCAUAAUUUCCCACCCCAAUCUCCGUUAACUUUUUGCGUGUUUCAACUGACCUUUUGAACCCUUCUCCGUGCACCUUUGCAGCCAGAUAAGAGCCUAAAACAAUUGUCUUGCACUUAAUUCUUUAUAAACGUUUUAUAAAAAGCUUCAUUUCCCUGUUAAUCACCAUAAAAAUUGAUAAAAAAUGCCUCGGAAACAGUUAAAUUUGUUGUGCUUUUUCAGAUGAAAUUUUGGUUAAUUGCCGCCGUAACUUGUGUGUUGUUUGUAUACCACACGCACGGCACCAUCUCAAAGCCCUUUCGCCGGCAUAUCGCGGAGAAUUUCGGGGAGGAAAUCGCUGAACGGUUGGCCAGAGAGGACGUGGGAUGGAGGGGAUCGUUCGGGGGCUCCGAUGAGGAAGGGGUGCCCAAGUUGAUGUGAGUUUUUUUGUUGUUAUACAUAUUAGCUGUUAAAAUACGGCUUGCUAAAGUACAGGGUGGGCCACUCGACCUGAGAAAUCGUCGCGGCUUCGAAUCGAGGAACCUGAUCCAGUGCCAAAAACGUAUCAUUUUGCAUCCGGGAAGUAACAAAAAUAUGCCAAAAUGCCUCCCUCUCCAACUAAAAAAACUCAGUUUUGAAGAGCUCCCUCACAAAAAGAGCGGGUGCGCUUCUGAAAUCGGAGUUUUUUCACUUGGAGAGGGAGGUAUUUUGCCACACUUUUAAUACUUUCGGGAUGCAAAAUGAUAUGUUUUUUGCCAAUAUAUCAGGUCCGCCACUGUAUGAAAGAUAUAGCAAGAAAAGUUUUUACUCCGCUCUCCUCAUUUUCCCUACUCUCUACAGCAAAGUUUGUUGCAUAUUGCUUCUGCAAAGCACUAGUUAAACUUUCGAGGAAUUGAUUUGUGACCACUGUAGGCCAUAUUGGCAAAAUCUAUGGGGAAAAAGUUAAGUCGUACCUUGAGAAUUUAGAAACUUUUUGCCCCUCCCCUAAAUAUCUAUGAUGUUUGCAAAUUUUCAGAAAAGUCCCAAUCGUCUUCGUGCACGGGCAGACUCGUCGCGCCCGCGACUUGGACUACGUCCUCAAGCCCUUCCACGCGCACGGCUACUCCUUCGCCGAAGUCUACGGUACGACCUACGGGAAGAACGUGACCGGCACGAACUACAUGCACGACCGCGCCUACUGCGACUACAUCAAGCAGGUGCGCUUGAUGAUUGAGGCGGUUCUGAACUACACCACCUACCCCAAGGUGGACGUGGUCGGCUUCUCGAUGGGCGUCCCGUUCUCGAAGAAGGCGAUUCUGGGCGGACGCUGCGUCGACACCGGCGAAGACUUGGGCGCGCCGCUCACCGCCCGCAUUCGCACUUGGCUGGGCGUCGCCGGCGCGCAUCGCGGGAUGAUUGAGUGCCGAGAGGACCCGAAUUACGAGCUCUGCAAUCCAAUCAAUGGGCUGAAUCCGGAUGGGGAGAGCAAAUAUUUGGCGGACAUUAACACGCCGUGAGUUGAAGAUACUAUUAGUUUCAAUUUCAAUUCAAUUUAUUCACACUAAUCACAUGUAAAAUCCUGGAGUGUAUCAGUCGGGAUUCCAUUGUCUGGUCAGUGUAAGGUCACUCCAUCGCAGGCCAUGGCACGUCAAACUGAGGAGUCCGGUGACCGGAAUAGACCCUUCGCUAUCGGCUUUUUACACUUCGUCUUGAUUUCGCAGAGAAAGAGAGAAAAAGACACGCAAAAACAUACUCUCUCGGCCCAAAAAAUCCCCAUUUCUUCCCCGACAAAACGUUCUUUCGCGUCUUUUUUUGGCAAAUGGCCAAUCCAUUCACUGGACUGUUUUCGCUUAUCUCACGAUCAGCUUGACGUGCCUCGUCAACACGAUCAGACACCGGGUCUCCUAAUACGCUGUCCUAGACAGUAGUGGCCUUGUCAGCACGAUCAGACACCGAGUCUCCUAAUACGCUGUCCUAGACGGUAGUGGCCUUGUCAGCACGAUCAGACACCGAGUCUCCUAAUACGCUGUCCCAGACUCUCCCAACACUCCAACAAUUACCAAUGGCCUCUUUAUUCUCCCAAAUACCACAAUAUAGAAACUGGCCAAUACACACGAUCUAUUCCAAUUGUCCACACGCUCUGACGGCCAACCGCUCGCUCAGGCUGCGACUUUCAAACUAUGAUCUUCCUUUCCUUCCAAAUCCACGUCUCGGUUGAUUGCGGUCUCCUUUCGGGUUUCGUGGCGGGACGCCGCGACGGGUUGAAUGCUGUUGCGGCGGCGGUGGCCCCACGUGACGGCGCAGCGACAUUGCGCAUAUUAUUUUGCCGACAGACUGAUAAAACCCCUUUGGAAGGCGGUGUUUUUCGCCUUGCCCCUACCAUUUCGCGUGUUGACUUUUCGGGUCCACGACUGAGCAUCAAGAAAUCGAAAAAAAACUUUUCGCGGAAUAUCUUGACCCGAAGAGUCGUAGCGUCAGUGAUUUUUCCUACGUAUCAUUUGUCUUUGCACAACGUUCUGUAUAUUUCAGAGUGCGCUACGAAUCCAAGACGAAGAUCUUGGGCAUCGAAAGCAUCGACGAUGACAUUGUUGGGCCCAUCAACGAAACACAUCGUGGUAUCAAGAAGACCGAAAGAUACGACAAAUUGGUCUUGGUAUGUUCGUUGCUAAAGGGACAUUGCAUCUUUACAAACAUUGCAUCUUUACAAACAUUGCAUUUUAAUGAAUUUUUCGAUAUAAACUUUACGCUUUCAGUUGCAACGAAUUGGCCAUCGAGCGGCGGUCUGGUUCCUGGGCGAUUUGGUCUACGAAUUGCUCACCGACCAGCCGCUGGACGACUUAACCAGCAUCGAGGACGAAGCGUUGGAGCUGUCGCGCAAUCUGACGGAUAAAGAUAUUGGGAUUGACUAUCAAUUAUAA